AUGGGGAGUAGAUUGGAGAAGAAUUCGGAAUCGGUCCGGAAGCGGAUCGAAUCUCAUUCAUUCCAAGAUGAGCAGGGCGAGGAGUAUGAAGGGUCAAAGUUUGGAGGCUUCUCGGAUUACUUCCGUCGGAAGAAGAUCAAACUACAGAAUCUGGAUGCCGAGGUACGGUCUUCAUCUGUCGACAAGCCUAAGAUUUUUCGAGGUAUUGUGGCGCACGUGAAUGGCUAUACGCAGCCUUCACUGAACGACCUCCAUCAUCUUAUCGUCAGUCAUGGAGGCGGAUUUAUGCAGUAUCUGGACGGGAAGACCACGGUCACUCAUAUUAUUGCCGCUAAUCUCACGCCUAAGAAGGCUAUCGAGUUCAAACGAUAUCGUAUCGUCAAGCCGGCGUGGGUAGUGGAUAGUGUUAACGCGGGCAAGUUGCUGCCAUGGGAUGCUUAUCGUGUAAUCGACGAAGGUUUUGGUCAAAAACUGUUAGGUUUCGAUGAUGGCAAAGUGGUAAGCCAGACGAACACUCAGCAAAGAGGCUACAGAGAUCAGACUAGCGCAAGUUGGUAUACCAGUCAAGUCAAAAAUGUCGCUGAACACAUCGACGGCGAGGACGGUGCCCAAUUUCCGAGUACUCAGAGCGUCGCCUUCAAUGGAGUGGCCUCAUAUAUGGGUGAUUUGGGUGACCAGCCGAAGAGAGCAGCGGUCCCCAAACCCGAGGAGGGCGAUCCUAAUUCAUCUGCUGGCUUUGAUGUCACUUCGUCCCUUGAAGACGCAUUGAACAAUGUUGCCGCAGCAGAGAUUCACGAAGACCCUCGAGUUGAGCAGGAACUGCCUGCAGAUCCUACAGAGAAGCAGGACGAGCACGCCGAAAGGUUGAUCCCUUCUAUUGAACCAAAGGAGAUCGCCGAGGAAACGUUCUCCAGUCCAUCGAUGUCACCAAGUAUUGGAGCCGAUGCCAGGAAACGUUCGCGUGAGCCUGAGAUUACAACUCCCUCGAAAAAAGCCAAAGUCAUGACAGCUGAAGAGCAUAAUGCUAUUCUCCUGGCCGAUCCACAUAUCCGAAAAUCAUCAACAGCGAACCCUGAGUUCAUCAAGCAGUAUUAUUCCGAAUCCCGGCUCCACCACUUGUCAACUUGGAAAGCAGAUCUCAAAGCCAGGUUUCAGCAGAUGGCUUCUGAGAAGUCAGCAUCACAGAAACUAGUUACGAAAAGGAAGCCUGGUUCAAGACGAUACAUCAUGCAUGUCGAUUUUGACAGCUUUUUCUGCGCUGUUUCACUUAAAAGUGCUCCGGAUUAUGUUGAUAAGCCAGCCGUGGUGGCUCAUGGCAACGGCACUGGCUCUGAGAUUGCUAGCUGCAACUAUCCAGCUCGUGAAUUCGGUGUGAAGAAUGGCAUGUGGAUGAAGCGAGCACUGGAAUUGUGUCCGAAUAUUAAAGUUUUGCCAUAUGACUUUCCUGCUUACGAGGAAGCAAGUCGUGGGUUUUACGAAGCUAUUCUGGAUGUAGGCGGUAUUGUCCAGAGCGUGAGUGUGGAUGAGGCACUCGUAGACAUUACCAGUUUGUGCCUCCCCGCAGGUGGUACUGAUGGAGUAGGAGUUCGGGAAGGCAGCAUUUGGCGAGAACAAGAACAGGCAGACAUUAUCGGAAAUACUCUGCGAGCGCGCAUCAAGGAGAAGACAGGAUGUGCUGUAUCAAUUGGCAUUGGAGGCAAUAUCCUUCUUGCUAAAGUUGCAUUGCGAAAAGCUAAGCCGGCAGGACAGCAUCAAAUCAAGCCGGAAGCAGUCCUGGAUUUUAUUGGCGAACUUGGGCUUCAAGACCUUCCUGGUGUAGCUUACAGUAUUGGAGGGAAGCUUGAAGAAAUAGGAGUGAAGUUUGUGAAAGACGUCCGCCAAUUGACGAAGGAUCGCCUCAUGACGGUACUUGGACCAAAGACAGGAGAGAAGAUCUGGGACUACUCCAGAGGCAUUGAUCGUACUGAAGUUGGAGAGCAGGUAGUGCGCAAGUCAGUCUCGGCAGAAGUCAAUUGGGGCAUCAGGUUCAUUUCUCAGCCGGAAGCUGAAGAGUUUGUCAAAAACCUCUGUAUCGAGCUUCAACGCCGAUUACUCGAGCAGGGUGUCAAGGGCAAACAAUUUACCAUGAAGAUCAUGAGAAAGGCAGCAGAUGCCCCACUGGAUCCACCGAAACAUCUAGGACAUGGAAAGUGUGACACCUUCAACAAGAGUGUUGUCUUAGGGGUAGCUACGAAUAGUGCUGAAGUCAUUGGACGAGAAGCUGUAUCAAUACUUCGCAGUUAUGGCUUCUCACCUGGUGAGCUGAGGGGACUUGGUGUGCAGAUGACCAAGCUUGAGCUCUUGAAGCCUACAAGUAAUUCAUUGAUAGACAGCAGUCAAAAGCGUAUCAAUUUCGGUACCUCUGCUCCGCCAAAACUUUCAAAGCAAAUUACAGAGGAUCCUAUUGAUGACCCACCGACUCCAACAAAGCAGAUGGAGACUCCUAUGAGUCGGUCAAAUAUCGGCAGCAAGACCACUGAAGAUCCGAUUGACGAAGCUGUCACGCCUCAGAAACCGAAGGCGGUUGCUUCACGCCUGCUUGCCUACGAUGAUCCCAUUGAUGACAUUAAUAGUCCUAAGAAAUCCAAAGCAACACCAGUUCAUCCAGCAAUCGCCAUCGCAAGAGCCAAUGCAGCUGAUUCAAGUGCGAAGAAGUUGCUCAACUUGACAGGGACACAAUUUAUCAUUCCUUCACAAAUAGACCCUGAGGUGCUCUCUGAGUUGCCGCAAGACAUCAGGUCGAGGCUCAUGGCACAAAGCAAAAGUCGCCCAACGUCACGAGCACAAACUCCAACCCCUAAGUCAAGAUCCGAAAGUCCAGCUCCCGAGUUUCAGAUGCAACUCCCUUCACAACUCGAUCCCGACGUUUUCGAAGCUUUGCCAGAAGACAUGAAAGCAGAAAUCCUAGCAUCGUACGGGGCCAAUGCAGGUCCGUCCAGAGCACAAUCUCUUCUCCCACAGUCACCGCGAAAAGCACCUCCAAUCAACACCACCAAGAAGAUCCCCACCCCAACUAAGAAGCGAGGGCGAGGCCGUCCACCCGGGGCACUGAACCGUCGAGGUAUCAACAUUAAGUUUGAUCCUCACUCUUCAUUAACACAGUCCAAUUUUGUGGCCCCAAAACCUGGCCAGUUUCCCAAUCCUGGUGAACCAAACCCAGGAGAAGAUGGCUACUCCUCCGACACCCUAGAUCCGGAAUUCCUUUCGGCUCUCCCAGAAGAUGUUCGACAAGAGAUCCUCACAGAACACAAACGAAAACAACUCGCUAAGAAAGGAGGUCUAAUGACCACAGCCGCACCUAAGAAGAGUCGACCACCGGAAGCUCCUCUUUUGGGACAAAGAAAACUUCGACUGCCCCCAAGAGACCCAAGACCAACAUUCACUACUAGGAAAUUGAGUUCUGUGCCUGAGUUGAGAGAUACGUUGAGUGCGUGGCAUAGCGAAUUUGUGGAUGACGGUCCACACCCGGAUGAUGUUGCUGCUAUGGAGCGGUACCUGCGUAGAGUUAUUCUCGACGAACGAGAUAUGAGUAAAGUCGUUAAUGUUGUAAGAUGGUUAGCCUGGCUUAUAGAUGAGUCUGAUCAGGACAAUGAAGGGACGCGGAUAUGGAGCGAGGCAUUAGAAGGCAUCAAGUUCAAAGUACAAGCCGCAGUCCAGGAACGAGGAUUAGGGAAGUUGGAAUUAUAG